AUGAAUUGGGGUCCUCUAGUAGCUUUCGUUCUGAGUGCGAUUGUGUCGGCUUCUAACUUAACUGUGACGGUAUCUGGUCCUCCGACGCUUCCCGAAACCGCAUCACAUACUCUUCAUCCAUCCCUGGCCAGCUUCAGCAUUGAGACAGCAUUUUUCAUCAUGUACGUCGGGAACACAACGAGCCCAAACAUCCUGACCCGGGAUCUCCUUCAAAAUAUCAAAGAUCGCAUCGGUAUUCCAGCGGAAAUCCGUAUCGGCGGUAUCACUGCUGAUUCGACGUUCUGGGAUUCUUCACUUGAAGCCGCUAUAUUCAAUUUUGUGGAUAAUACUGAAGCGCUAAUAAAUACCACCAUCGGCUGGGAGUUUUGGAAUGCGGCUCGUGAGCUUCUGCCUGAAGGCACUCAGAUCACUGUUAACCUGAACCUUGAAAGCUUGAAUUUUACUGGGGCUCUUGCAGUAGCCGAGUCAGCAGUCCAAGGAUUACCGAAUCAGGUUGCAGCAUUUAAGAUCGGCAAUGAGCCUGACCAUUACUUCUCAUUCACUGCUAAGAACUAUUCCAAUAUAUGGGAGCCUUGGUCAAAAAAUAUCUCUUCCGCUCUCAACUUCACAACUCCAAAAUUCCAGCUCGCAGCAACCGCGGAUGAUCCUCUGUGGCCUUAUAACACUAUUGCUGCAGAUGCUCAGCUGGAUUGUGUUAGUGCGCUGGCUGCUGGAGUGGAUGAUGCGAAUACUGUCGAAUGGUGCAGUGAACAUACUUAUCAAUACAGUGUAUGUGAUCCGACAAGAACUGCCAUUGCUACUCUUCCCAACCUAGUCAAUCACACUCGUCUGGCGCAGUAUCUCGACCUGUGGCAACCUCGUAUACAAUCAGUCCGUAAGCAACUUGGUUCACAUGCUUUCGUAAUAGGUGAAUAUAAUUCCGUAUCAUGCUCUGGGCGCGACGGCGUGAGCAACACCUUUGGCCAAGCAUUAUGGCUACUCGACACUAUAUUUUAUGCAGCUUCCCUCAACGUCUCCAGGCUGUACCUUCAUCAAGGAGGUCCCCUUGCACUUCAGAGUGCGACUCAACUUAACAAGGGCGGCUUCAGUUUCUAUGAUCUAUGGUAUCCUAUCGACAACUUGAACGGCCCCGUGCAAGUAUUUCCAUCGUAUUCUGCCUAUCUCUUCGUUGCAGAUGCAAUAGGAAGCUCGAGAUCUCUCAAGAUAGCCAACAUUUAUCCUGGUAGGCAGGCAAACGGAUCCACAAUCACCACUGCCGGAGGGGAUACCUCGUCAGGACAGUUAGUCAUAUAUGGCUUUUGGGACGAGUCUCACCAGGACCCCUGUACCAACUUUCCAACCAAAUUGGCACUUCUAAAUCUCCAGAUUUAUAACCAAACUCAGGAUGAGAUCAGACCAACAGCAUCCUUCAAUAUCUCUUCUCUUCUGUCUAGCACAAAUACGCAGAUCUCUGUUCGUCGCCUGCAGGCACCUGGUGCUGAUACGCAAUUAGCCAAUGUAACCAAGUGGGCGGGUCAAACAUUUGAAAAUGGGACAGCGAGCGGGCUUCAUAUAGAAGAAAAGGUUGAAGGUGGAAUUGUGACGGUCGAAGCUUCAAGCGCUGUUCUAGUUUUUCUUGAGAAUGAUGCUCGGUCUGUACUCAUAUAG